AUGGCUGUCAAUGUGCCUGCAUUGCACCACCUGGUGGAUUGUGUUGUUUUCCCGCAGAAAGGAAAGAGACCACAUCCUAAUGAAUGCUCAGGAGGUGAUUUGGAUGGAGAUUUGUACUUAGUGAGUUGGGACCCUGAUCUAAUUCCUCCUCGCCAAAUUGAACCCAUGAAUUAUUCCCCGGCACGAACUGUGCAAUUGGAUCAUGAUGUUACACUGGAGGAAGUUGAGGAGUCUUUUACAAACUACAUAGUCAACGACAACUUGGGGAUCAUUUCAACUGCUCAUACUGUCUUUGCAGACACAGAGCCAGACAAGGCUAUGAGUGCUCCGUGUAAAGAUCUCGCCAAGCUCAACUCCAUCGCUGUUGACUCUCCGAAAACUGGUCAGCUAGUCAAAAUGCCGGGUCGUCUGCGUGCCAAGGAAUACCCAGAUUUCAUGGAAAAGCUUGACAAACCCACCUACGAGUCCAAAGGAGUGAUCGGGAAGCUAUUCCGACAGGUGAAGGAGCAUGUUGAGCUUGUAUCUCAUUCAUGUUCAAGCUCUAAAUUUAAGUCCUUCACUGCGGAAGUGGCUAAGAAGUGUUAUGACCCUGACAUGGAGGUAGAUGGAUUUAAGCUCUACAUCAAUGAGGCCAUCCGUUACAGACGUGAGUAUGACUGCAAGCUGCAAAACCUGAUGGAAUAUUACGGCAUCAAAAGUGAAGCCGAAAUACUAAGUGGGACUUUCGCUCAAACAUCCAAAUGUUUCGAUACAAGAAAGGACUUGAAAGCAAAUAUUGGUCUCGCGGUAAGGUCAUUGAAGAAGGAAGCUAGGGGAUGGUUUUAUGAGAAGCAGGGAAGCGAAUUUCGGUUGAAUGUCAGCACCGAUGGCGAUGAUGCAUGUGCAGCAAAAGCAUCAGCGUGGUACUACGUUACUUAUCAUCCUCGUUACUUUGUUGGUUGCUACAAGGAGGGAACGGGAAGGGAGCGUUUCGUAAGCUUUCCAUGGUGUGUCUUUGACAAGCUCCUCCAGAUCAAGAGGGAUAAAAGAAGCAUCAGAAAUUCUAUACAUAUCGACUUGACAGAGUUGGCAUGA